AUGGCACAACACGGAUUCCCAAUGGGCGGGCAUAGCGGAGGAGGCAUCGACCCAAACGACCUGGCUAUGGGAGGCAACUUUCAUGGCUCGUUCCAAAACAACUACCUUAACCACACCAACAACCCAACUAGCGGGUACUCCAGCGGCUCAGCUCUGUUCGGAGACGACGAGCUCCUCGAUGGUUUGAACAGUCCCAGUGACCCUCACGUCGGAAUGCAGGCUCAUGGGCAGGACUUCGGCGGAAUGAACGAUGUUCAUGGCAUGAACUUCCCGGACUCUUAUCAUCAAAGCUUGCCCAUCAGCCAAGCCCACACGAACGGCUACUCGAGCACACCCGAUGGCGAUCCGAUAGCCUCGCCAUUUGUCCACAACUUCUCCCAUUUCCGCCAAAUGCAGCACCCGCAAUCCUUCGGCACAUCGCUUCAGUCGCCCAUGUCAUACGCCGGCCCACUUACACCCAAGGCGAUAGAUAUGGCCGGACUUUCGGUGAACUCGGGAUCAUUUGGCCCUCAGCCCAUCAGGACAUCAGGCCCCCACCAUGAGAAGUCCCACUCCGCGCAGUGGAUGCAAACCCCACAGAGCCUGUCCUCGUUUCCUGGGUCCGGUUUCUCAUCGCCUCUUCAGGCAGGCCUUCAUGGGCCCCAUGCGCAAAUCAACGACAUUCUGUUGAAGGGCGGCACAUCCAUGCCCGCCAAGCUUGGCACCACGACCUCAUCUGUGUCAACACAAGAAGCCAAACGGAAGAGGAGGCGCGAGUCACACAACCUCGUCGAGAGACGAAGACGUGACAAUAUCAACGAGCGCAUUCAAGACCUUAGCAAGCUGGUUCCUGCCCAUCGUCUGGAGGAUGAGAAAAUUCGCAAGGCAAUCCAGAAUGGAACGCCCCUUUCACCCACGCUUGCGGGCAUCUCAAGUCCUUCUCAAGCCACAUCAGCCCUAGCUGGGCCUGGAGCAAGACGAGCUGCUGGCAGCACGGCUGGAAACAUCACAACAGGCCUGCCGAUCGAGGAGAAGGACAAGGGCCCCAACAAGGGCGACAUUUUGAAUGGUGCGGUGAGCUGGACCCGAGAUCUCAUGUGGAUGGCCUACCUCAAGAUUCAACAACAAGAAGAGCUCAUCAAUGCCUUGUUGGAGCGUGGGGGUUCGGUACCCUUUGAGAUCACCGAUGAUGAGAAGCGGAUGCAGACGGAGCUCAUGGAGGCCAUUGCCAGAGGAGAGGACGGCAGCGGGAAAUCCCGGGGAUUCUCGUACUCUCGAACGGCUGGCACUGGCCUUCGUGUUCCCCAUCAUACGGACUACAAGGGUGAGCCCUUGAACACCAACGGUGUGAAUGGCGAACACCUUUCCACCAGUCCCGCCCACGGUGGUGCCGAAGGAAAGUUCAACGACGGGCUCGAUGCCGGCGACUUCCUCGAUUAUGAGGACGACGGUGCUGAUAUGGAGUUCAAAGAGGAGGAUGAGUAUGGAAUGGACUUGACUCAAUAA